CACUGCAGAGGUGCACGCACGAUCGAAGCAAGAUAGGAGGCUGAGCUGAUUUUAAUUAAUUUGUCUCUAAGCAGACACUUAUUUCUAGCUUUUUCUUUCUGAGAAAUUAAAAAUUUUCAGACCAAAAAGCAAAAUUGUGGCUUCCUUUACGGGAUUUCAUCGACCAUUUAUUUCAAAACGCCCUAGUUCCGUCGCAGAAUAGAGAAUGGUGCGGGUGAUUUUCUUGCAUCCCGAUUUAGGAAUUGGAGGAGCGGAACGCUUGGUCGUUGAUGCAGCUCUAGCGCUGCAGACCCGGCGACAUUCGGUGAAGAUUUACACUGCCCACCAUGACCCUUCCCAUUGCUUUAAGGAGACAGGAGAUGGUACACUUGAGGUAGUGACAGCAGGUGACUGGCUUCCAAGAAGUCUUUUUGGAUCCUGUUAUGCGCUUUGUGCUUAUAUCCGGAUGAUAUAUGUCGCCCUCUAUCUGCUCCUAUUUAGCCGUGAGCCGUACGACGUCAUCAUCUGUGAUCAGAUUUCUGCCUGUAUUCCGUUCCUGAAGUUGGGUAGAUCCAAAGUGCUGUUCUAUUGUCACUUUCCGGAUCUGUUGUUGACGAAGAGACAGAGUUUCCUCAAGAAACUGUACCGCACCCCUAUAGACUGGUUAGAGGAGAAAACUACUGGCAUGGCUGAUUGCAUUGUUGUCAACAGUAACUUCACUGCGGAUACAUUCAAGCAGACCUUUACCACCCUAAAGGACAUCCAGCCCGACGUCCUCUACCCAUCCCUCAACUUCAGCGCCUUCAAUGCCAGCGUGGAGCCUGCAGGUGACCUCAUACCAUCAGGGGUCAAGACUCUCUUCCUGUCUAUCAAUCGCUAUGAAAGGAAGAAGAACCUUGUACUGGCAAUAGAAGCUAUGGGUGAAUUGAAAGCCAGACUCUCGGAGGACGAAUGGGAGAAUGUACACCUUGUGAUGGCGGGAGGCUACGAUGAACGCGUUACCGAAAACCGGGAGCACUACGAAGAGCUUGUACAACGUGCCGAGGAACACAAGCUGGCCGAUCACGUGACCUUUAUCCGUUCCUUCACCGACGCGCAGAAACUCACACUCCUUGAUAGCUGCACGUGUCUUCUCUAUACCCCAUCAAAUGAACAUUUUGGUAUCGUCCCUAUAGAGGCCAUGUACAUGUACCGACCAGUCAUUGCGGUGAACAGUGGGGGACCACUGGAAACCAUCGCUCAUAAACAGACAGGGUUCCUUUGCGAGCCAUCGGCAGCCAGCUUUGCCCCAGCGAUGGAGCGUUUUGUGCGGGAGCCAGAUUUAAAGAAUAGACUAGGAAAAGCAGGGAGGGAUAGAGUUAUCAAUAAUUUCUCUUUUAGAGCGUUUGGGAAUAAGUUAGAGAAGUUGGUUAAAAGGGUUCACAGAUUGUAGAUAGGUAUGAUAGUAUAUGACAAUUAACUUAUAAAUUUAAAAUGCUAAAUUUAAGCUUCUAUUCACAUUGAAUGCUAUUUGCGAGUGCUUUGAUUAUUAAAUUUCAAUGCAAAGAGAAAUAUGUCCAAAGGUGAAAAUAGAUGCAAAUUUAAUUAUUGUGAAGUUCAUAAUAUAAACAUUCCAAAAACAAAAGCCUUAAUGCACAAGAGUUACUGUAGCAUGAAAAAAAUCAUGAAAUAAUUAGUGUAGUAAAAAUGUGAUGUCAUAGUACAUAGAGUGGUGUAUUGUGGUAAGAAUUAGUACUUUUUCUGGGGUCUUCCCCCAUUACUUAAACAGUUUUUUUUUU